AUGAAGCAUCUUGUUUGUGCAACAGCCAAGGGGCCAGCUUCACUGGAUCGAAAAGCAAGUGUCGGGGAGCAAGGUCUAAAGAUUGGAAAGAAAGUAAGAUUUAAAGAACCACCAAAUGAAAGAGAAUCAUGGUGGCGGACAACACUAAAAGAAACUCCAAUACCAGGUACCUACACAUUGCGAGACUUUCUUGAAGAAUCCCGCUUAAACCCGGUGAACAUUACGUACAAUUUUAAAAAUGAAGGUAGAAAAAAAAUCUCUUUAGUGGAAUGGAGGAGGGAUACAACACUGCCUGAUAUACCUAAGUACCUGCCUCCUAACUUCAUUGACCUGAUCAAUAAGCAGAUGGCUUCUUACUCAUUCAAAGACACCCCAAGGCAAAGCCCCAACACACUGUGUCUCAAAGAUCAGAAAAUUGAUGUUUCACCAGGGCAAUAUGAUACUCUUCCAGCACCAGUUCCCAAGUUCCUUGCCAGGCACUAUGUGUUCCGUUCUACAGUUCAAAGGUUUCCAACAUAUUAUUUUAUUCCAAAAGAAGGCCCAGGACCGGCUUAUUAUGAUGUGAAGGGAUCAAAGAUAAAUCCUAUUACAUCCUGUUUCCAGUCAAAAGUGCCUAGAUUCUUGCCAAUUCGUUCAAAAACACCAGGCCCUGGAGCAUACGCAGGUCCCCCACAGUUACCUAAGCACCCACGGAGUGUUGACAAGAUAGGCCGAGAACAUAACCUUUUGUUCAACAAUACAGUUGGGUUUUGA